UUUACAAGGUUUGAGGGGAAAGAAAAUUUUCUGAAUAAUUUGUGUAUGUUAUGUUUUUGACAGCCUAUGGAACUACCCAGUAUCAGGCUCAGGUACUCUCUUCAUGAGAAUCGCUGAAAAAAAAAGGAUCAGAUCCAGACAAACGGAUAUCAGAUUCGUGAUCUAGGUGACAAAGACUUUCGUAUUAUGACAUUUCUAGCGUGCAUUAAAAUUAAUGAUUUUCGACCACUUCCAUUGUAGCUUGCAACUGUGUGCUAUUUUUUUCUUAAAUAUUGCGUUAAAUGAUUAUCUGAAUUGUAGAGGGUGAACAAUUUCCAAAUUAUUAUGGUUCAUUAACUCAAUCGACAACCAUUCGUAUUGGAAGUAAUAAUGAAGGUAAAGAAGUUCAUAUUCCAUUUAAUACAAUUUUACCAAUGUUACAUCCAAAUGAUAUUAUUAUUGGUGGAUGGGAUAUAAAUGAUGCGAAUUUAUAUGAAUCAAUGAAACGUGCUUGUGUAUUUGAUUAUUCAUUACAAGAAAAAUUAAAAACAAAAAUGACUGAAUUUAAACCAUUACCAUCAAUUUAUUAUCCAGAUUUUAUUGCAGCAAACCAAGAAGAUCGUGCUAAUAAUUUAAUUCCAAAAGGAACAAAACAACAAGAUUUAGAACAUAUACGUAAUGAUAUACGAAAUUUUAAAAAAGCUCAUAAUUUAGAAAGAGUUAUUGUUUUAUGGACAGCAAAUACUGAACGUUAUACUGAUGUUCGCAAAGGUUUAAAUCAAACAGGUGAUGAAAUUCUUCAAUCAAUUGCAGCCAAUGAUGAUGAAAUAAGUCCAUCAAAUAUAUUUGCUUGUGCUGCUAUUUUAGAAGAUUGUCCAUAUAUAAAUGGUAGUCCACAAAAUACAUUAGUACCAGGUUUAAUUGAACUUGCUGAAAAACAUCAAGUUUUUAUUGGUGGUGAUGAUUUUAAAAGUGGACAAACAAAACUUAAAUCAGUUCUUGCUGAUUUUCUUGUUUCAGCUGGUUUAAAACUUCAAUCCAUUGUUUCAUAUAAUCAUUUGGGUAAUAAUGAUGGAAAAAAUUUAAGUGCACCACAACAAUUUCGUUCAAAAGAAAUUAGUAAAUCAAAUGUUGUUGAUGAUAUGGUUGGUGCUAAUCAUUUAUUAUAUAAUAAAAAAAGAAAUGAACAUCCUGAUCAUGUUGUUGUCAUCAAAUAUGUUCCAUUCGUUAAAGAUUCUAAACGAGCUAUGGAUGAAUAUAUAUCAUCAAUAUUUAUGAAUGGUCUUAGUACAAUAGCUAUUCAUAAUACAUGUGAAGAUUCACUUUUAGCUUCACCAUUAAUUAUUGAUCUUGUUAUAUUAACAGAAUUAAUGACACGUAUUACAUAUAAAACAAAUGAUAAAGAAGACUAUCAAUCAUUUGAACCCGUUUUAGCAAUAUUAUCUUAUCUUCUCAAAGCUCCUUUAGUUCCACCAGGUACACCAGUUAUAAAUGCACUUUUUAAACAACAUCGUUGUAUAACAAAUAUAUUAUCAGCAUGUGCAGGUAUUGCUAUGGAUACAGAUAUGUUAUUAGAACAUAAAACAAAUUUACCAAAGCCAAUGAAAAUUCAAAUUUAA